AUGGGAACGAGCUGCUGCGGUGCUGCGCGGGCACGGGCGACGGCGGGUCCCGGGCCUGCGCCUCCACACAGAAAUCGGCGCGGAAGUGGGGCACCCUCCGCCUGGGCCAAUGGGAGACGAGCACCGCCGGGAGGCAAAGCCAAUCAGCGAGCGGCAGAGGCGGGGCUAAUGGAAUCCUACGCGCGCCUCGGUGGGCUCGGGCCAAUCAGCGCCAAGGGCUUGAUGGGGAGCCGGCAGAGAGGGCAGCGGAAAGGGGUUGUGGGGCCGGGAACGCGCAGGCUUGGCUGUGGGAGCGCGCGCGGUAGCCGUGGGGCCGAUAGCGGUCGCGUGACUUUGUCUAUGGCUGUAGAAUUUCUUCAUGAAUUGGAUGUUCCAUUUUUCAAAGUAGGAUCAGGAGAUACAAAUAAUUUCCCAUAUUUGGAAAAGACUGCAAAGAAAGGACGCCCAAUGGUGAUUUCCAGCGGGAUGCAGUCGAUGAACACAAUGCACCAGGUGUAUCAGAUUGUGAAGCCCAUCAAUCCAAACUUCUGCUUCCUGCAGUGCACCAGUGCCUACCCGCUUCAGCCUGAGGACGUCAAUCUCCGUGUUAUAUCGGCGUAUCAGUCAGCUUUUCCCGACAUCCCCAUUGGCUAUUCAGGGCACGAAACCGGCAUUGCCAUUUCGGUGGCAGCUGUUGCUCUGGGUGCAAAAGUGGUGGAGCGUCACGUGACUCUCGACAAAACAUGGAAAGGAAGUGACCACCAGGCUUCCCUGGAGCCAAAGGAACUGGCAGAGCUGGUGAAAGCCAUCCGUACUGUGGAAAGAGCAAUGGGUUCUCCAAUCAAACAGCUCUUGCCUUGUGAAAUGGCUUGCAAUGAAAAGCUGGGGAAGUCUGUUGUGGCAAAAGUGACCAUUCCCGAAGGAACCGUACUGACACUUGACAUGCUGACAGUGAAAGUAGGAGAGCCUAAGGGAUUUGCUCCAGAAGCCAUCUUUGAUCUGGUGGGCCAGAAGGCCAAGACAACAAUUGAAGAAGAUGAAACCAUCACUGAGCAGGCAGUGGAAAAUCAUGUCAAGAAAGUGAAGUGCUAAACCUAAGCCCUCCAUUUGAUAUUUUAUGGUGUCGGUCUGUCCUACUGCACAACAUGUUCUAGUGACAUGGUGGGUUAGAAAGGAUUGAAGAAGAUGAACGUUUUCAGGGUUUGUUCUGCAGGAAGUUUUCGCAACUAGGGGAUAUAAAUUAUGAAAAGCAAUUUUAUUAGAAACUGCAUAGUACUGUGUCUAGAAAACACCAUGUUCCUCCUCUUCCAUUCCACUUUGAUUACUUUGGAUUUCUUGCCAAAUCUGUGACCGAGGUCUACUGUUUUCUAGCUUUCCUUUUCUGAUAAGAAUACACUAAUCCUAAAAAUCUGUCUGUACUUGUUCUGUUACUGUAAAGUCUCUCUUCUGCCAUUUGCUUUAAUACCAUGAAUAUAGGAUGCAAGUUCGUGUUAAAUUCAAAGAGAAAAAUUACCUAAACUAAACAGACAGCUUCAUACAUGCAGUAUGACAGAUUCCUCUUAAGAUAUGUCUUUUAAAAAAAAGUCUCAAGUUAAAGGAACGUGUGGCAGGAACCUGCUUGAGGAAUAGAAGUGGACAAACUCACAGA